UUCAGCGGGCGCUCUGAGAUUUAUCAGCUAAAAGUGAAUAUCGCUCAAAACUGACGGUUGUGUCGAAAAUCUGCUGGUAGGCAGGAGGGGUUCGGUGGGGUUCCAGGCAUGUUCGGCUGGCCCGUGGCUAUUUUUAACUGGCUUGGAGCCAUGUUCAACUUAAAUCUUUUUUACUUCCUUGAUCCUGAGCCCCCUGCGCUGUCUGCUAUAGAUGUUGCUGUCCAGGCCCUUGGAAAUCAUAUGGGCCCUCUCCUUCUUCUACUCAUAUACAUUAUUUGGCACCUUAGUACAAAUUAUUUAUCAUUGUUUUUAAAGGAUGACACCUUUGAUGACAUGGUCUUCGAUUCACUCAACAAAUGGGCUGAAUGCAGUUUUAUGGACAGUAGUGAAUGCACCCUCAGGCUCUCCCUCUCUCAUCUGAGUCGGAUAGAAAAUGUACUGGAGGCUGAUGGCUCCUCUGAGGAUUCUUCAGACAUCACCUGUGCUGGGUCUUGCCAUGAGCAGGCCACUGCCUGUAGAGGUGGCAACACCAAAAGCAGGGAGGAUGGAGACCUGAGUGUCACCACAAGUCAUGGCUCAGGUCAACCAAAGAUCUCUCUUUGGGCGCAGCUACCGUUGGAUCGCCUGCCAUGCAGUGAGCCCAUGGAUGAUAUGGAGCCUUCGGCAACAUCUACUUUUAACCAGGCCAACCAAGAACAAUCGCAGGGACCCAAGACAGUCAGUCUGUCACAUUGUGAGAGACGCAUCAAAAACAAAGUUGCGCACAAGCGCUGGAGACUGGGCUUCUUGAUGAUCAAAAUUGUGAGGAUGCUGCUGCCAGCAAGGCUUAAAACACAAACGCCAACUUCUCUCAGAGUCAAAACCAAGACUGUGAGAACAGCCACCAGGCUUCCUUGUUUCCUCACACGGUCAAAGAGUGAGGCAGAAAACUCCAACCCGACACCCAUCCUGAUGUUCUCCCAAGUCAUCAGACCGUCCUUCAUCCCUGACAUGGUCCGGCAGAGGCUGGAGGCUCAUGUGCGCCGUAAGACAAGUCAGCGCCUGUGGGGCUUUCCCAAUCUGGUCAUCAAAUAUGUGGGAGACCAUGUGGUCCUACUGAGUGCCAGUAAUGGUAGGUCUGUGCGCAAUGCUGUUAUGAAUCAGCUCUUCAAGGCAGAAAUCGGCCUGUGCUUGAAAAGGAGAAUUGAAGUCACUGAGAAAUUACAGAACCUGUCAAAGCCCUCCAGGAAGGAGAUGGGUGUGCUGAUUUGUAACAAACAGCUUGCAGAACACCCCGAAAUCCUCAUGAGAGCAACCACUCCAUCCAUUGUUCUGGAUGGUAUGUUGGAGGAAGUGACAUCAGUCAAGACGAGGCUCAAGAACAAACUCAGGAGGAAAUUCUUGGAGGUAAAACUCUCCAGAAUUCCAGGAAAGGUGCUUCAGUCAUACCACACAGCGGCAUACAUUACUAGACAGCAUAAGACCCGUCCAGCUUUGACACAGCAGAGCUCCCCCUGCAGGCUAAGACAUAGAGUCCAUCUCUUGAGAAGAAAGACUCUACCAUUUAUGAGUCAGGAAGACCUGAGCCACAUAGAACUCAACCUGAAAUUUAAGCACACCGAAAACCAGCAGGGGAAGUCAACACAUUACACCCUCUCUCUAGAAAAAAUGGUUAGAAUAAACUAGAUAAAUAUUACAAUAACUAAAUAAACAUUUGCAUUGAAAAUUA